AAGAUGGUGGCGCGCGCGGCGUGUGGCUCUGGUCUUCUGCCUAAGUCUGAGCGCAGCAGACGGGCCGGCGUCUCGCUGGUCUGGAGCCCCCGCCCGCCGGGUCCCUGACCCCGCGCCCCCGCGCCCCGUGCGCCCUCCACCCCCGGUUCCCGGCAUGCCCCGCGCCCGUAAGGGCAACACGCCCCGCAAGGGCGGCCAGCGCCGUGGAGGAGGUGCCCGCAGCAGUGCCCAGGCUGACUCAGGGUCCAGUGAGGAUGAGGCAGCAAGUGAGGCCCGCAGCACCACCAGCGAGUGCCCCAGCCUCCUCAGCACCGCAGCGGAAGACAGCCUCGGGGGGGACACUGUGGAUGAGCAGGGCCCGCAGGAGGACCUCGAGGAGAAGCUGAAGGAGUAUGUGGAUGGCCUCACAGACAAGAGUGCCAAGACGCGGCAAGGAGCGCUGGAGAGCCUGCGCCUGGCCCUGGCCUCCCACCUGCUCCCCGACUUCCUGCUGGAACGCCGCUUCACGCUGGCCGAUGCCCUGGAGAAGUGCCUCAAGAAAGGGAAGGGCGAGGAACAGGCCCUGGCUGCCGCCGUGCUGGGCCUGCUCUGUGUGCAGCUGGGCCCUGGCCCCAAGGGUGAGGAGCUGUUCCACAGCCUACAGCCCCUGCUGCUCUCUGUGCUCAGCGAUAGCACAGCCAGCCCCGCCGCCCGACUCCAUUGUGCUUCGGCUCUUGGCUUGGGCUGCUAUGUCGCUGCUGCCGAUGUCCAGGACCUGGUCUCUUGCCUUGCCUGCCUAGAAGGCGUUUUUAGCCGGUCCUGUGGCACGGGUAGCUCCACCAGUCACGUGGCCCCUGCCAGCCUGCAUGGUGUGUUUUGUGCUGCCCUGCAGGCCUGGGCGUUGCUACUCACCAUCUGCCCCAGUGCCCACAUCAGCCACAUCCUCGACAGGCAGCUGCCCCGGCUGCCUCAGCUCUUAUCCAGUGAGAGUGUGAACCUGCGGAUCGCUGCUGGCGAAACCAUCGCUCUGCUCUUUGAGCUCGCCCGGGACCUUGAGGAGGACUUUGUGUACGAGGACAUGGAGGCCCUCUGCAACACCCUGCGCACUCUGGCCACCGACAGCAACAAGUACCGUGCCAAGGCCGACCGGCGGCGCCAGCGCUCCACCUUCCGUGCUGUGCUGCACUAUGUUGAGGGCGGCGAAUGCGAGGAGGAGACGGUCCGCUUCGGCCUCGAGGUGCUCUACGUGGACAGCUGGGCUCGGCACCGGGUCUACACCUCCUUCAAGGAAGUGCUGGGCUCGGGCAUGCACCACCACCUCCAGAACAACGAGCUGCUCCGGGACAUCUUUGGCCUGGGCCCUGUGCUGGUGCUGGAUGCCACCGCCCUGAAAGCCUGCAAGAUUUCACGCUUCGAGAAGCACCUGUACAACGCCGCUGCCUUCAAAGCCCGGACCAAGGCUCGCAGCCGCGUGCGGGACAAGCGGGCAGACAUCCUGUGACGGGGGACCAGCCGGGAAGACUGUGCCUGCCCUUGUCACGUUUUUAACAGAAGACAGUGCAACAGCUGGCCUCUGCCAGUAAUUGUCACUUUAUUUUUCUAAUGACAGAACCAAAAAUAGACAUAGGGUGGGCAGCUGAGAACCAGGACUCGGGACCUGGCCCUUUGCCCCUGCACUGUCUCAGGAGGCCUGUGCAGAAGGGGGCUGUCCCUUUCCUUUCUCAAGCCUUGCUCCCCGAGGUGGCCCACUUCCUUAGGGGGAUGGCAGCGGGGAGGCAAGGCUAGCUGGACUGCAUCUGUACGUUUUUAAAGAUGAUUCGAGAUAAUUAAAAGAAUGCUCAGCUUC